UUUUAAAAACACAACACUCACAGUUCCACACUGCCACUCUCAACUCCUCCAUUUCUCUCUCUCUCUCUCUCACUUACUAUUUUAGACAUCACUUCCACUAGUUAUUACUCCGAUUGCCACUCCUCUCUUAAACUAGAAACAAUAAAUGCUACUUAUUUUUUCUUACUUAUUUAUUACUCUGUGUGUAUAUAUAUAAGCAUUUGCUUGCUGCUUCAGAUCCGUAGUGUUUUUUUAAAUUGAAAAAAGCUCACCGAGUCUGAGUCUGAGUCGGAGUCCGAGUCUGAGCGAGUUGGUGUUUGAAAUAAAGCUGAGCUGAUCAUGGUGACGAAGGAGAAAGACGAAGAGCUCGCGAUCUUCUUCGAGAUGAGGAGGCGCGAGAUUGACAAUGAGAGGAACUUUUCCGUCCAGCCAAACACUGCCUUAGAGUCAAAUCCAAUGACAACAACACGGAAGACUCGGACAGAUGAGUUCUUGAAUUCAGAAAAUGACAAAUCUGAUUAUGAUUGGCUUAUUACACCACCCGAUACCCCAGUUUUUCAUUCCAUGGAGAAAGAUUCGCAGAAAACUGUUUUGGGUCAGAUUGAGAUUCCUAAUGCUCGUCCCAUUGUUCUGAAAUCAAGGCAGCUAGCUAAAAUCCAGGCAGAACCUCCUUCAAGGAGCAGCAUAGCCCCUAAGCAGCCAACUUCACCAUCUGGACAGAAUUCUUCCAGCAAUGGUAAAAAAAGGCCCUCAUUAUCUGGGGGACUGGCAUCAGCGACUUCUAGACCUGCAACACCAACCGGACGACCCACAUUACCCUCCACAACGAAACCCUCAAGAUCCUCCACGCCUAAUUCACGAGGCACCUUGCCUUCCACUAAGGUUGUGGUUCCUGCAGUGAGAUCUUCUACUCCUACUAGAUCCGCUGCUCGGUCUUCAACGCCAACUGCCAGACAUUCCUUUCCAGCUGUCAAGGGUACUUCAAGAUCAUCCACUCCAAACCGUCGAUCAUCAACCCCAUCAAAAGCUCCUAGUCAAUCUGCUCCCCCAGGUCGAUCUUCUUCAGCACCAAGGUCAGGUCCCGCAAUUUCAAAAAAUCCAGUGCCAUCACGUGGAAGUUCUCCAACAGUCAAAUCUAAGCCUUGGAAACCAUCUGAUAUACCUGGCUUCUCACUAGAUGCUCCUCCAAAUUUAAGGACAUCAUUGCCAGAUAGGCCAGUUUCAGCCUCUAGGAGCAGGGUAGGAGCACUAAGUGCUAGGAACUCUGUUUCAGAUGAAAAGCCAAGACAACAAUCACGCUCUACUUCUAGAGGACGAGCUUCUCAUGGCAGUGCCUAUGGUAAUGGGAAUGCCUUUCAAGCUCAGAUCAGAUCAGUGGUAAAUGAUAGUGACACAGUGAGCCCAGUGGUUAUGGGAACAAAGAUGGUUGACAGAGUAGUAAACAUGAGGAAACUUGCACCACCGAAGCAAGACGACAGUCAUUCUACGCAUAAUAAUCCAGGUGGCAAGUCUUUGUCCAAUGACAGUUCAGGCUUUGGUAGAACACUUUCAAAGAUAUCUCUAGAUAUGGCUUUGAGGCAUAUGGAUAUAAGGCGAAGCGUCCAAGGUAACCUACGCCCACUUGUGACAAACAUUCCUGCUUCUUCUAUGUACAGUGUGAGAUCAGGAGCUGCAAAAAGCAGGACAGUUAGUGCUACUGACUCUCCUCUUGCCACAAGCAGCAACGCUAGCUCAGAGCCCAGUCUCAAAAAUAGCUCUCCUUGUCUAGAUGGGAGUGAAAUUGAAGACAAUGAUUUUGGAUUUGAGAGAGGAAACUCCUCACCUGCCAGCCAGCAUGGUAUGUGACCGUAAAGAUCAACAAUCCAAAUAUGCAUAUGGUUUGGGCAUACUCAUGCUCAUCAUUGCUCCGAGAUGAUUUAUUUGUACAUCAUUCAACUAGCAAUAUAUCUAAGCGACAAUCCAUUCUAAAAAAGGAGAUAAUGGUAGAAAACGUGCUGAUGCUACUGUGAACAAUCGCUUAGAUGUUUGAUGAAUCUAGUCUAGUUAUCAUUGAACCAUGCGAAAGUACUACUUGUACCCAAAAUUUGGUAACUGGAAAUUUAAGAAGAAUGAAAUUGAAACAAGAAUUAAUGUCUGCA